AUUGAUGUCAAUCUCCUUUCAAGCACCACGGCGUUGCGGUCCAGAAGUCACCCGACAAAAAUGCAACCUCGUCGCCGAUUCAAAACUCUCUCGUUACUCUUUCCGAAACUGAAAACCCAGAAAGUAGCAACUGAUGUUUCAUUAUUAGUUCUUUCAUUAUUCAUCCGAUUUUUCCUAUCUUAUAUCAGCAAAGACAUCUCCCCGCCUCGUUUCCCCGAUCUGUCCGUCUUCUCAAUUUUUUUCCAACUCGAAGAUGGAAAUAUGGAGCUGGAGAUGCGUAGUGAUUGCGCUGGUGGCGCUUUUGUGGAUCGCGGAAGCAGCAGCUGCGAUUCGAUUUGUGAUCGACAGGGAAGAGUGUUUCACUCAUGAGGUUGAGUAUGAAGGCGACAAUGUUCAUGUUUCUUUUGUUGUGAUUAAGUCUGACGCGGCCUGGCAUUUCGGCCACGACGGAGUGGAUCUUGUGAUUAAGGGGCCUUCAGGUGAUCAGAUUCAUGAUUUCCGAGACAAGACCAGUGAGAAGCACGAGUUCAUGGCUGCCAGAAAAGGCCUUUACCGCUUCUGCUUUACUAACAAGUCCCCUUAUCAUGAAACCAUUGACUUUGACAUACAUAUAAGCCAUUUCUCGCACUUUGAUCAGCAUGCAAAGGAUGAGCAUGUCAAGCCCUUGAUGGAACAGAUUGAAAAGUUGGAAGUUGCUCUUUAUGAUAUUCAGUUUGAGCAACACUGGUUAGAAGCUGAGACAGACCGCCAGGCAUUAGUUACUGAAGCACUGAGCAAGAGAGCAGUCCACAAGGCAGUAUUUGAGGCGGCUGCACUCAUCGGGGUUAGCAUCCUCCAAGUCUACCUCCUGCAGCGCCUGUUUGAGCGGAAGCUUGGUACAUCCAGAGUUUAGAGUUGCAGUAGCCUGAAUUAUUUAUGGGCUGUAAGUUUUACAGGCUGAAAUCUAUUCAUUUCCAGAUUCUUUUUGGUAGUUUAGGUUAGUGCCCUAGUAGCGGCAGUCAAAAUGAAAAUUUGUAUGAUAUAUAUAUGAAUAAAGUAAAAAUUUUGAAGGAUAACAGUGCUGAUUUCUGACCCUUACAUAUUCAAUAAAGGUUUAUCUUUGUUCUUA